AUGCUAUUGCACACAAUAAGCAGACUCACACUUCCCCUUCUGCCCGCAUAUUUGUACACCAAUUACAAAUGCCAGGGCCAAUCACUUGAUCAUGCAAUUGUCAAUCUUUGUGGGUGCAGAUCCCCACAGAGCUUGUAUGUCAUGCUGUUGUGA